AUGUUCACAGCUGAAGGUUUCUGUGUCCAAGCGAGGAGUCCAUUCCCAUUCGGAUCAGUUGUAAUCGCAUUUCAAGGAUCUUUGUUUCAGCUACGCAACAACUAUUUUCUCCUGUUUAAUAACCUUUUCUGGAUGUCUUCUUGUCUGAUCAACAAUUCGAUUCUUUUGGUCAAAUUAGUUCAAUUAAAAAUGUCUUUGAGUUUCCAAGCGAGGUCUCAGAAAUCAUACAAAGCGGAAGUGUCUCUUACUUUCACAACAUUCUCCAUGAUAUUCUCGUAUCUAUCGAAUUCAAUGAUUGUGAUAGCUGCACAGCUAGGUGGUGAAUUGUCAUACUAUGCAAUAAUGCUUCGUCCGUUUGGAAAUGAUUUGGAGACUUGUGUUGUUCCAUGGAUAAAUGGAAAACUAAUGAAAGCGGCUAUCCCAAUUAUCUCAAUAUAUCCAUUAUUCUUCACAUUUUUCAUGUUUCCAGCAGUUGGAUACUGUACUCAACCACUGUAUCCAUUCACUUUCGGUGCAAUUACUUUCCAUUUCGACGGAACUUGGUUUGGGGCAUCUCAUAAAGCUGAGAUUUCGCUGACUGUUACGAGUCUCUCAAUGACAUUUUCGUAUGUAACAAACGGAAUGAUUGCGCUCGGUAAUUUUAUUCUCCCAAAUUUGACAUUCUACUUCAUAGCUCUCCGACCAGUUAUGAAUGAUUUGGACACGUGUCUUGUUCCAUGGUUAUGCGCUAAAAUAGUAAAAUAUUCAACCCCGAUAAUCUUCGUCUAUCCAUUCCUAUUCACAUUCACUCUCAUUCCUGCUCUUGGAUUCUGUCGACAGCUUCUUGGCCCUUAUCAAUUCGGAGCUAUCUACAUUUUUUUCAGUGGAAACUUCAGUUGGUUCAAUAGUCUUGGCUUCUUCUUCUCCGAUCUAAUUGUGAUUCGUGCACCUUCCACUGGAAUAAUGACUUCAUGGUGUUACCGUCAAGAGCCAAAUCGUUUUCUGAAUAUUGUAUUCCAAGCUCAAGCUUAUUUCAAUUACUGUACAAUGUUUUAUCCAGUUUUGUUUUCUGUUGUUCGACUUGUCAUAACCUAUGUUCCAAAUAGACAUGAUGAAGUCAAUGCAAAAAUACUGAAAUUUGCUAUACCAGCAAUUCAAAUAUACCCAAUUUUGCUCCUUCUUCAUAUGAUUCCAGCUCUCGGAGUGUGUCGACAACAUUCAUCUCCGUAUAGCUUCGGAGCAGUCUACGUUCAUUUCAUCAAUUCUUGGAGAGGUAUUAUGAAUGCUCCAAUCACAGUUAUUAAUUCUGCAGUUUGGCUCACAACUUGCUUGAUUCUUAAUUUUAUUCUUUAUAGAAAAUUGAGAAAAUUGAAGACAGUGUCAUUAAGUCAGACUCAAACUCACCAAAAUAUAAGAAAUCGAAUAAUUGAAGUUUCUUUAUCUCUUACUACGCUUGCGAUGCUCUUCGCAUAUGCAACUAAUCUUGUUUUUCUGGGAUCAUUCAUGAUAGAUUAUGACAUCGCCACGUAUCUCGUUGUAUUCCGUCCAUUUGGAUAUGAUCUCGAACUAUGCGUAGUUCCAUGGUGUCUCAGUUUUUUCCUUUCCGAUUACAUAAUUAUUCGACUGCCAUCGACAGGAAUCAUGACUAAAUGGUGUUAUCAACAGUCCCCAAAUCGAUUUCUGUCGUUGAUAUUCACUUCUCAUAUCUAUUUCAGUUAUCCACUCAUGAUAUAUCCCAUUUUGUUGACUGUCGUUCGGUUCAUGCCAAUUCAUUAUCCACAUAAACAUCGAGAACUCAAUACAAAAAUCUUGUGCUACAGUAUCCCAAUCAUCCAUCUCUACUCAUUUCCGUUCAUUUUCUUUAUGUUUCCGGCUCUCGGAGUCUGUCGACAAUUUAUGAAACCAUAUCCAUUCGGAUCGGCAUUUAUUCAUUUCUAUGGGUCGUGGCAUGGAAUAAUGAACAUGCCAUUCCAAAUUCUCAACACUUGUUUCUGGUUGGUUCUCUAUCUGGGCAGUAACUUUUGUCUCCAUCGAGAGUUGCGAAAUUUGAAAUUGACUUCUCAGUGUCAUCUUCAUGCCAAUCAAAGUGCAAAAUAUCGAAGAGCCGAGUUCUCUCUGACUGUCACAACUGUGUCGAUGAUUCUUGCAUAUGUCGUAAAUAUUGUUUUUCAAGUAACAUUUCUGGUCGAUUAUCGUCUCGGAACCUAUUUUUCAUUACUCCGUCCUUAUGGAAAUGAUUUGGAAACUUGUGUUCUUCCUUGGAUAUUUUAUCUCACUCAUCCAGCAUUUCGAUCGAAACAAGGAUCAAUUACAUCUUCGAGUGGACAACAGAGAACAACUAUCACAUAA